AUGUGGGAUGUAUGGUUGGGCAGGCCACAACCUGUGGCUGCCCUGCUCACCUGCCACCUUGAGUUCUGCCACCAGGACCUGAUAUCACUCACUACCCAGCCCACUCAGCACUGCCUCAGUUUCCCACAGGUUCCUGGUGCCCACGGGACCAGCCCUGCUGGUGUCUCCACCUCUUCACACCCAGCCUCAGAUGGUCGGCCUUCCAGGGGGCUGACUCCUGAAACCCCUCUUCAUCACGUUCUGGCUCCUGUGGCUCUCACGCACCCCUUCCUGCCCUGGCUCACACCACUCCAGUUGCCCUCCUCCUGUAAGAAGCAGAUGACCUCUGCUGCCGCCACCGCCACUGGCCUGAAGAGCAGCGAUGGACAUGACCCGGCACCCCAGAAGAUCACAAACAGACACAAGCCUCUUCCCUGCCGGCCUCUCGUGGCCUUUGUUGAGGCCACCACCUAGAAUCUGCGUGGGACCCCAGACCACCGGACGCCUGGACCCUGGACGUCUGGACCCCCAGGAUCCCUGGACCCUCGGACACCUGGACCCCUGGACCCCUGGACACCUGGACACCUGGACAUCUGGACACACCCCUCCCCCCCAGCAAACCUCCAGCUCUAAAAUCGGCCAGACUAGCGUGGAAGUGCCCUUGUGAGCUGGGGGGCCUUCAAAGGGCGGAGGAGAAAACGCAGGCCAAGGACCAGCCUCUAAAGCGGGCUUCGAGCUCCAAUGACCUGUGCUCACCCCCUCGAGAUGUCUGGAAAAUGUAAUGGGCAGGUUUUCUGUCUUCAAAGUUUCCGGCUAAACCUCUUCAAGUUCUUUAUUGUUUGAGACUGAGACACUCAGCGGUGGUAAUGGGGGUUUCUUUUGUAUUUGCCUUGAAAGGCCAAAAUAUUUUUAUAUUGCUGUAGACAAAGCCACCUAUUUAAAAACGAACUGUGUCCGUCGUUUCCCACCGCGAAGACUGUAUCGUGUAUGUCUCUGUGUAUUCUGGGGUCUUGAAACAGGUUUCUCAUGGGGAUGGCCAUUCACUGGGGUCCACAGGGGCAGAGCGGGAAGCGCCUGCCCUGCCGAGGGAGGGGGCUCAGUUGUGGGUCUGCCCCUGCUGUGUCUAGGACGCGAACCCCGAGAGAAUGGCUUAGUAAAGGACCAUAAACCACACCCCUGCUCUGCAUCUGUCAUGUGUGUUUCUGGGUUGUGGGUGUGCAAAUGGUGGUGGUGAACGUGGUGGGCGGAA